ACCCCCACCCCCCCUCAGCAUCCGCGCAUCUCCAGCUCGUGCGUCCGGCAGAGCAGCAUCCCGGGACGAUGGACGACGUGCCCCCCCUCAUCUGCAUCUCCGUGGCGCUGCGGAUCCAGCCCAACGAGGGUCCGGUCUUCUUCAAGGUGGACGGAACCCGGUUCGGCCAGACCCGAACCAUCAAGCUGCUGACGGGCUCCAAGUACAAGAUUGAGGUGGUGCUGAAGCCCGGGACCGUGGAGGCCACAAACAUGAACAUUGGGGGCGUGGUCUUCCCGCUGGUGCAGCAGUCCAGGGACGAGGAGUCGGUGGUUUACCACGGCCAGUACGACACGGAGGGCGUCCCGCACACCAAGAGUGGCGACCGGCAGCCCGUCCAAGUCAGCAUCGAGUUCAACAAGGCGGGGACGUUCGAGACGGUCUGGCAGGCCAAGUACUACAACUACUACAAGAGGGAGCACUGCCAGUUCGGGAACAAGUUCAGCAGCAUCGAGUACGAGUGCAAACCCAACGAGACCCGGACCCUGAUGUGGAUCAACAAGGAGGUCUUCAACUGAACCCACCAGAGCACCUCCUCCUCCUCGGUCCCGGACAGCGGCGUCUUGGGUCGGGUUCUGGAGGACCAGGUGUCUCUCAUGCUGGUCUUUGGUCUGAAGCUGCUCUCAGAAACUGGACUUUAUUCUUCAUUCUGUCUCCGGUCCUCUGAGCUCCAACGCUCUGCUCUGAUUGGACGAAGCAGGUUCAGAAGACCCGUUCUCAUUCAGCCUCAAAUAUGAAGAGGAGGUUCCUCUGAAGCCCAGAUGAGCUUCUUCAGAGGAGAACCCCCCCCCCCCAAACAUCUCCUCUGUUUGGAGUGAAGCCCCGCCCCCUGUAGAUGUCAGGUCUCCUAUUGGAGGACACAGCUGAGAAGGUUCUGUCCAGUAAAUGCUGGGAGCGGACGGACACAGCAAGUCCCUCACGGCGGUCCAACCCACCCCUGAACCCCCCCUGGUGACACCUGAAGAGGAAAGACGAGCAUCACCUCAGGCUGAGUCAGGAAUCGAUUCUUCUGGAGAUCCGGCCGACCGAAGACCAGGAUGGAGGACACCUGAGCAGGUGUCUCUGCUGACGCUCAGAGACAUUUCCACCUGCAGACGUCCUGAAUCUGCAGACCAAAACUCACUGAUGUUUGCUUCAGAGCUUUUAUGUUCAAACGUAACCCGGGACUAUUUUCUGCAGCGGAGGAAUCUUAGAUGCUUUUGUGGAGGUUUCUCAGUUUUUGGUGCUUUUUUUUCCCAGAAGACUUUUGGUUUGUUGUCUUCAUGACUGGAAUCUUUUGCCAAAAACGUUUGUACCUGUGGACAUGUUUGUGGUUGAGGUCGUCUCACCUGGUGGUGUCAUGAAUAAAUCCAUACGUGAAGCAGCG